AUGUCACUUCGCAUCACUCCCAUCGCUGAUGCCGUCGCUUCCGCUUGGUCGCAGGGCGUUGCGAGUCAGACAGCCAACCUAAACGUCGUUCCCGAUGACAUUCACCACCUCAUUCUCUCCGAUAUUGUGGACACAUCACCCGCAGACCUACUGAAUGUGGCACAAUCUUCCGAAGUCUUGCACGAUGCGGCAUUGCCUUACAUAUAUCGCAACAUCAUCCUGAAUGGAGAGUCAACGGCAUACCAGGCACUCGUGGAGAAGCUCUCCAAGAAUGAGCACGGUGACCUUACGAAGCAUAUCCGCAGUAUCACCGUCAAAGACGAGGUACCCUCUGCAGACCUGAUUACGAUACUCAACAAGACUAUACAGCACAGGAAUCUUCGAUCACUCAAUUGGGAGACCUCCACGCACAUACCUCCGGCAGUAUACGACAUGAUCCACGCGAUGUGGCCGAAGCCUGAGAUACGCGUUAUUGUCGUCGACCGGAAGACGGCAAAGAGUGUUGCACAUCGUCAGAUGGACAUGAAGCUCCUGUCAUCUCCGCUUCUUGUUAGCUUGACCUACGAGGUAUACAUGCAGGGCUUUGCCCCCGAGCACCCUUGCCGAUCCGAGUGGCCCCGACUCUCUCAGGCACUGGCGACUGGCGGGAACGUUAGAUCUCUUCGGCUCCAAGUUUUGCAAGACGGCCACAACCUUUUCACACCCGAUACGGAGCCGGCGAAGAUACCGCGUCUCGAUCUCACCGCCGGUAUGCGCCUACCUCUUCUCGAGGAGAUGACUCUUCAGACUUUGAGAUAUCAUGGCCAGACGGCGUAUCUCUGGGAUCCCGACUACUGUCGCAUGUUUCGCGAUGCUAUCGACUGUUCCCGACUGCGUAAGCUUGACUUCGGCGGCGAACAUCCCGAAAACUUCUUUACUUGCUUCACGGGACUUUGCCCCAAGCUCAAAGUGCUGAGUUUUGGGAUGUGGGAGGGUGAUAAAACGCCUGCGAAGCGGUUCAUUGAGUCCAUUGAUGCACUUGAACAUCUCGAUCUGUCACGAGCGCAAGCGGGUAUAGACGAUCUUUGGCCCGCUAUCGAGCAGCACAAGGAUACACUCGAGACACUGAUCCUUGGGCCGACAUUCGAAUCUUAUUGCCAAAAGGUCGUCAUGCCCUUCAGCCGUUUGAAGGACAUCGCGCGGACAUUCCCUAGGCUCAAGCAUCUAGGCUGGGACGCACCCUGCGAACGCAACAUCGAUCCGCAACAUCUCGUCACCCUAUUAGGGAUGAAUCUUACGAAGCUUGAUCUCUGGCUGCACAUUCCCCACGAAGCAAACGACUACAGCGAAAAGCUCGUACAGGAUAUCUGGGGCAACAUCCCUCACCCCGAACUGAACAAAGAGAGUACUGUCGCAUCUGCGACCGGUAUCGCAGAUCGUCUUUUGGGGUCCGGGCAAGGCGCGUUCAGGUGCCUCACUCUCCAUCUUUCGCGAGAGGGGGCUUCGGAUCGCUGCCAGCCGUAUAUGAUGUACUCGAAGCUGCAACUCAGAUUGAAUGGGCCCUCCAAAAGGACGCGUGCGGACAAGUGGAAUGUGCGCGGUAAGCUGGACUGGUCUUAUGAACCCACUUUGGUGGAAGAUCUGCUGUUCGAGGAGAGAUAG